AUGUGUCGCGCCCUUUUGCUCCUUGGCCUCUUCCUCAUCCUGACGCCGCUGGUGUGUGGGUACACCGACGGCGGGUUCAGCGUGGAGCUCAUCCACCGGGACUCCCCCAGGUCACCGUUCCACGACCCGUCGCUCACCCCGCACGGCCGCGUGCUUGCCGCCGUGCGGCGCUCGUACGCCGGCUCAGGCUCUCCCGACCCUGAUGGCGCGGUGUCGGAGGUGAUCUCAGGCACGUUCCAAUUCUUCAUGUACGUCAACGUCGGCACGCCGCGCACCCGGAUGCUGGCCCUCGUCGACACCGGCAGCGACCUCGUGUGGCUCAGAUGCACCAAUGGCUCUGCUUCUCCGGCACCGCCGCCGCCAGCAGCAGCAGCAGCCGGCGGGACGAGCAGCGUGUUUGACCUGUCCUCGUCGACCUACGGCCUCGUGGGCUGCCAGUCCGACUCGUGCCACUCGGUCCACGGCACCUCCUGCGACGCCACCUCCUUGUGUCAGUACAGCUACUCGUACGUGGGUGGCUCAAGCAGUAGCGGCCUCGUCUCCACCGAGACCUUCACCUUCGACGACGCUCCCGGUGGCCCGCAGCUGCAAGUGCCCAGAGUCAACUUCGGCUGCGCCACCACCGCCAACUUCCCCGGUUACGGCAUCGUAGGCCUCUCGGACGGGAAAUCUUCCCUGAUCAACCAGAUGAGCGCGGCGACGUCGCUCGGCCGGAGGUUCUCCUACUGCCUCGUGCCCUACUUAAGCGACGCGUCCUCCGCGCUCAACUUCGGGUCCCGCGCCACCGUGACGGAGCCGGGCGCGGUGACCACGCCGAUGGUCCACUCCCCCGUGCACAUGGAGGCUUUCUACACCGUCGAAAUCGUGGCCCUCAGGGUUGGGAACUCGAUCAUCAAGCUGCCGAAUUCGAAGCGGUUCCCCGUCAUCGUCGACUCCGGGUCGCUGCUGACGUCCCUCGACGGGGAGCUGCUGGACCCCAUCGUGGAGGCGCUCGCCCGGAGCAUCAAGCUCCCGCGCAAGCAGUCGCCCCACCCGGAGCUGUUUUCGGUGUGCUACGAGGCGGAUGGCAUGAAGGCGCUGGAGAAGGUUUUCCCGGACGUCACCUUGGAGCUGGGCGGAGGCGCCUUGGUCAAGCUCAAGGCAGAGAACGUGUUCAUGGACCUUCUGCUACAGACCGUGUGCUUGGCCAUCGUGCCGGUGAAGUAUGAGGGUUCGGUUCCGACGAUCGGCAGCGUCAUGCAGCACAACAUGCAUGUCGGCUACGACCUCGACAAGCGCACCAUCACCUUCGCCCCUGCCGACUGCGCCACCUCUUUCCCCUCUCCUCCCGCCUCUGUUGUCUAGCUGGUUAGCUAAAGCUAAUUGCCAGGUAGUAAUAAUCACUAGGUUUA